AUGAAGAUGCUGACCCAACCUACCACGACCAGCGAGACCAUGGUCGGUUUCCUCAUGACUCUGGCGCGGACGGAUUGCGAAGCACGAGGACUUCCGCACAGAGCUUCACCGCCCGCUCCCUCCUCAUGGGGCCUCGCUAUCGGCACCCUUAUCACUUUUCUCCAACACGUACUUCGGCCUUCAGACUGGCUGGAUCAGUACGAUGGCCAUGCCUUCAUCACUAUAGGAUUUGCGGCCUUUAAGGCCCUUUCCCGACAUCUCUCAUUCCCAUUUACCCCAAUAGAAAACGUUCUGAUCCAGACGGUUGCUGGCGCUGUAGGGUCAAUGCCACUGGGUUGUGGAUUUGUGGGCGUUAUACCGUCUAUGGAGUUCCUGCUGAGAGAUGGUCCUGAUGGGGAACGAGGAGCCGAUGACGGACAGGGCGAAGGGGGCCCAUUGAAACUUCCGUUUGGGAAAUUGGUUGUUUGGAGUUUGGGGGUUUGUUUGUUCGGGGUUGUGUUUGCGGUGCCAUUACGGAAGGAGGCUAUUAUUAGGGAGAAGCUGAAGUUUCCAAGCGGGACAGCGACGGCGUUGAUGAUUAGGGUGCUUCACGGUGGUGGGCAGACAGAGGAGAAGGGAGAAACCGUGGGAAUCACUGGCGAAUGGAGGAGAAGGUCCAGGCUAGACUCCGGGAAUGAACAAGAAAGGACCACAUUGCUAGCUCGUGAGGAGCGGGAGGACCCUUCGCAUUCGAUCUCAAGACUGGCGCAUGCUGAGCGGGAUGGGAGGAAAGACUGGAAGGCGAAAAUUAAAUUGUUGACAUACGCGUUUGGGAUAUCCGCAUCAUAUGUAAAGACCAUCCAAUUCGACUUCUCCUGA